UGUUUGUGAUAAUACAAAUGAGUCUGAUGGGGCCCGUAAGGAGGAUCGAACCCUGUUACAGGGUUAUAUAAGUCGUAAGGUACGGGACACGGGACGGUGCUUAGAAAGUUUGAACAAGCAUUUAAUGAUACCGUACAGUACAGACCAGAGCACGAGGUGGUUGACAAAAACAUAUGACUUCUACUCGAUCCUCUUGAUAAUGACAAAUAUCUUCACUUCUUUUAUAUGUACGGUAUGUCUUUUAUAUGAUAAGAUAUUACAACUACACGUAUUAUAUCUUUGACUACUGUAAUACAAACCUAGCUUGUACUUCAAGAUAUCAGAAUUUCAGUGGUAAAAAAAUUGUAUACAUUCAAAACUAAAUAGCUUUUGUAUUGGUAACUUUACUUGUUUUACUACACAUUCUAUCUAUUCUUUGAUGAAUAAAAGUAUACUUGAGUCUUUACAAAGACAAAAAAAGAAAAAGAUUGAAGCAGAGAUUAACUAUAUAUCUUUAAUUAAUUAAAAGAGAGAUUUAAAAAGGAAGUUACAGUUUGUUCAAUGCAUCUUGUAAAUCUCAACAGUUCAUUUCUGAAAUGAUAUUUACAAUUUAGCAAAAAAAAAAAAAAAGGAAGUUACAGAGAAAGAGAGGCUUCUAUUUGGGCUGCUAAACCGUGUUCUUGUGAGGCCCCACUAUUCUCAGGAGAGCAAAGAAAGAGAACACAAAUAAGGAACUGCAUUAAAUGUUAAUGAAGAAACUUCUUGGUAACCUCCUUAAGUCCUAACCAUGCUAUGAAUGUAUAAAGUAUAGACUCUCUAAUCCACAAAAAUGCAACAACUCCACCAAAGAAGAAGAAGAAGAAGCAGAGAAAACCCACCUGAGCCUUACUUCCUACUGUUUACUUUCUCUUCACAAGUUUUUGAGAAAUGUGCAAGAAGUUGAAGCUUUUCAUUAGAAAGAUACAACCUUGCUGCUUAUUCACUGGAUUCUCCAAGAGGGUUGAGAAUUGUGUUGAGUUUGAGGAAGAGGGUAAUGGUGCAACAACGGUUCCAAGUGAUGUUAAAGAAGGGCAUGUGGCAGUGAUUGCUGUAAAAGGAGAGAGAGCUGUGAGGUUUGUUUUGGAGCUUCAAGAGUUGUACAAACCUGAGUUUAGGAGACUGCUUGAACUGGCGAGAGAGGAGUUUGGGUUUCAACCAAGAGGACCACUCACCAUUCCAUGCCAGCCGGAAGAAGUACAGAAGAUUUUACAAGAAAGUAGGAAGGGAUAGUCUUUGAUUUCGUUAUUUGUAAAGGAAUCAUUAGUUGAUUUGGGAUUCUUUUCUUACAAGAAUUUAACUAUUCAUACUGUUUCUCUUAUUACAGAAACAUGUUAUGAUCAAAUUUACAAAUUAUUACUUUAUGCUGGUUGUAGUUCAAUUUUCUUUUACUGGUUUUCAUAAACAGCUUGUUAUUGAGCCAUUGUUGCAGUUUUAGUGGAUGCAUUUCCUCCCUA